AUGGCGUUGAGCACCCAAAGAACCUCUGCUUUUCAUCCUUCAGCUGAUCAGUCGGCUCCUCCUCAUUGGAAGUACGAUGUGUUUUUGAGUUUCAGGGGUGUAGACACUCGAAAUGGCAUUUUAUCCCAUUUAUACCACGAAUUGCAGAACAGGUGCAUCAAAACAUUCAUGGAUGAUCCAGAGCUUGAAAGAGGGACAACUAUUUCUUCUGAGCUCUUCAAAGCAAUCCAAGAAUCAAGGCUUGCAAUCGUUGUUCUCUCGCCAAACUAUGCUUCUUCUUCCUGGUGCUUGGAUGAACUUACAAAGAUUAUCCAAUGCAUGAAAUCCAACGGCACAGUUCUGCCUGUGUUUUAUAAUGUGGAUCCCUCUGAUGUGCGAAAACAAAGUGGCAGUUUUGCAGGCGUGUUCACUGAGCAUGAGAAAAGGUUUAGGGAAAACAUGGAAAAGGUGAAGCGCUGGAGAGCUGCUUUAACAGAAGUUGCCAAUUUAUCUGGGUUGGAUUCAAAGAAUCAGUGUGAAAGAAAGCUCAUUGAAAAGAUUGUUGAAUGGGUGUGGAGGAAAGUGCAUUGCACAUUCAAAUUGUUAGAUUCAACAGAGUUAGUGGGAAUUAAGUUUACACGUGAGCAAAUGGAUUUGCUUGUAGCUCCUACAGAUGAUGUUCGCUUUGUAGGGAUAUGGGGGAUGGGAGGCAUUGGCAAGACAACCAUUGCUAGGCUUGUUUAUGAAAGCAUUUCUAUUCAUUUUGAAGUUAGCUGCUUUCUUGCUAAUGUUAGAGAGGCUUCUGAAGGUAAUCGUCUUGUUGAUCUACAAAGACAGCUUCUUUUCCCUAUCUUGAAGAAACAAAUUACUCAAGUUUUGAAUGAAGACUGGGGGACCCAUUUCAUUAAGAAUUGCUUAUGUAAUAAAAAGGUUCUUCUCAUUCUUGAUGAUGUGAAUGCAUCAAGCCAACUAGAGAAAUUUGCUAAGGAAAUGGAUUGGUUUGGUAAGGGGAGUAUAAUCAUCAUUACAACUAGAGAUGAACGGUUGGUUAAAAAGCAUGAUAUGGAGAUAUCAUAUAAGGUAGAGGGAUUAGGUGAUGAUGAGGCUCUUGAGCUCUUUAUUCUGAAUGCCUUUAAAAAAUUUGAGCCUGAGGAAGGUUUUUGGGAAUUGUCCAAGUGCUUUGUAAAUUAUGCUGGAGGCCUUCCAUUAGCUCUUAAAAUUUUGGGAUGCUCUGUGUAUAAGAGAGAUCAAGAUGAAUGGAAAAAUGAAUUGAAUAAGCUACAGAAAAUUCCUAAGACAGAAAUUUUCAAUUUGCUCAAAAUCAGUUUUGAUAGACUAGAUGAGAUGAGCAAGAAUAUAUUUCUUGAUGUUGCAUUUUUCCUUAAGGGGAAGGACAAGAAUGAAGUAAUUGGAAUACUAAACAGUUGUGACCGUUGUUGUGGGAUAAAUGCUCUGGUUGAGAAGUCACUCUUAACCAUUUAUAUUUCAAAAAACAUUGUUGGGAUGCAUGAUUUGAUACAAGAAAUGGCAUUUGAAAUUGUUCGUCAAGAGUCUCCUGAAGAGCCUGGUGGACGCAGUCGAUUGUGUCAUCGUAAUGACAUCAUUCAUGUAUUGAUAAACAAUACGGCAAGUAAAAAAAUUCAGGGCAUUGCCUUAAGCAUGGCAGAACUUGAAAAUGUGGAUUGGAAUUGUGAAGCAUUCUCUAAGAUGAUAACCUGA